AUGCCAAAACUAAGAAUAGCUGGUAUUCAGUUCAAUCCGGUACUUGGCCAAGUGGAACAAAACGUUGCCAAGAUCCGCUCGCUUGCUGCUACUCUCACAAAACCAAUUGAUUUGUUGGUUCUUCCGGAAUUGGCAGUCACAGGCUACAACUUCAAAAACGCCGCCGAGAUCCAGCCCUUUUUGGAGGGAAGAACGGGGCCCACUUAUUCUUUGGCAAGGGACUUAUCUACGCUCUACAAAUGUACAACCAUCGUUGGCUAUCCUGAGAAUUACGAGGGUACAACGUAUAACCUGGCAAUGGUGGUGAAUGAAGAGGGGGAUUUGGUGCAUAAUUAUCGGAAAACACACUUGUAUGAGACCGAUGAGGCGUGGGGUUGUGUUGAGAAUCCAGAGAAGGACUUUGCGGCGGUAGAUUUGGUGCUUGGGAAGGGUUCUGAGCGUCAGACCAUAAGAACCAGCAUAGGCAUUUGCAUGGAUCUCAAUCCGUACAAGUUCACUGCGCCCUUCAACGAAUUCGAAUUCUCUAUGAGUGCGUAUGCGAAUCUGGCGCGGCUUGUGGUUGUUCCAACCGCCUGGCUCGACUCUGAGUCUCCAGAUAUCCAAGAAGACUGCUCCGACAAAGAGAAGCUGGAGCUUGCAGCCAAAAUCAAGAAGCAGCUUGAGACCGAGACGUAUCCUGAUGCCAAGGAUCUGCUGACUCUGUUGAUAGACUACUGGAUUGUGCGUCUAUUUCCAUUUUUGAGCCAUCCAAUGAACGGCUUGCCCAAACAGCCUCAAAAGACAACCGCUGUGAUCUGCAAUCGUACUGGUAUUGAGGACCAAACUUUCUAUGGAGGCUCUCUGUGCAUUUUGCAGUUUGAUCGUUCGAUUCCGGAGACUCUUGAUACUGAUUCUAACAAUCCUAGCGUAUCUGUGAUCAACUCUGCGGGCAGGGCGACGGAAGAGGUAAUUUAUCUGGAGGUUGAUGUAUAG